GACAAAGAUUGUGAACAACAUUAUAAGCACCAUUAGGCCAUGUUUAAGCUUCCCUCUCUUUGCAUCCACACACAUUAAUCACAAUCAGCCGCAGGACGAUGAACCAUCAGAAGAAAAAGGGCGGCGCGUUGUUUGGGUGGUCUCCUCAGUCGAGCAGUGCAAAGCAAGCGACGGCGACAACAACAACGGGAUGCUGUGGAGGGAUUCAUGGCUGCUCAAGCUUGGAGGCAAUUAACGUUGUUCCUCCUACGAACCAAAAUUCAACCUCUAAAUUGGAGCUGCAGGUAGCUGAACUUGAAAAGAAAGUCCUUAAGGAGAAAGAACUUCGGGCGGUGUACAAGAAGAGGAUGGAAAGAACACAAGAUUAUCUGAGGUACUGCCUACAAGUGGCCCAAGAUAAUGGAUUCUUGGACCUCAUUCACAACUACAACAAUAAUAUGGGUCCACAAUCAGGCCUUCUCUCCCCCAAUAUUCUCACUCCCAAUACCAGCCCUCGAUUGCCAACCACUCCUCUAUACCAACCGUCGGAUCUAGUCGUUCUCAUUGAUCAAGCCCACCUAAACGGAUGGUAUAUCCAUCCGGAAGAGAUUGAAUUCGAAGAGAAAAUAGGGCAGGGGAGCACGGCUCACAUAUACAAAGGAACAUGGCAUGGGCUUGAUGUGGCAAUCAAAUGCAUAUACCCAGAUUUCUUUGAAUCGAAUGAGAACGGUAUCUCGUUUUUCGCACAAGAGCUCGACACAUUAUGCCGGCAGCGCCAUAGAUAUGUACUUCAACUAAUGGGCGCAUGCCUCGAUCCUCCUAACUAUGCAUGGGUGGUGACAGAGUUCUUGGGCACAACACUCAAGGAGUGGCUCCAUGGCCCUGGCAACAGGCAAAGAGAGAGGAUGAUUCCACUUCCUCUGUUGAAAGAACGGUUGGAUCGGGCAUUGGAGAUUUCUCAAGCCAUGCAGUAUUUACAUGGGCAAAAGCCGAAGGUGAUUCACCGCGACCUCAAACCUAGCAACAUAUUUUUGGACGAUGCCAUGCAUGUAAGGGUUGCGGAUUUUGGUCACGCUCGGUUCUUGAGUGACGAAGAGAAGGCCCUCACUGGUGAAACAGGAACUUAUGUGUACAUGGCACCGGAGGUGAUCCAAUGCGAGCCUUAUAAUGAAAAAUGCGAUGUGUACAGUUUUGGGAUAAUACUCAAUGAGCUUUUAACUGGAAAUUAUCCAUACAUUGAGACAGAUUAUGGUCCCACCAAGAUUGCGAUGGAAGUUGUGGAGGCUAACCUAAGGCCAAGGCUUCCUGAUGAUGAUGGGCAAUUUCGGGAGCUAAUUGACCUAAUUUGCCUUUCAUGGGAUGGAGAUGCUUCUGUGAGACCAUCUUUUGCCACCAUUACUUACAGUCUCAAGGAUCUUCAAAACAGAAUAUUAUAGUUUGGUUGUUAAGGAAUUAUAAUAUGUUAAUCCAUAAAUCACACUCCACAUGUUUGUUUUCUUUUUUCUCCACAAGCUUUACCUGCUAAUCAUACCAACAUUUCAAACUGACAAA